AUGGAUAGGAACGAUCGUAAAACUAACUCUCGCACCAAUACCAUUACAAUAGACUGCAAAGAUACAAAGUUUAUCAUGCGAAAAAUCAUUUUGGAUUUCGUCGUUCUAUUUUGUGUCGGUAUCCUGAUCCUGGUCUUCUACUUAUGGGGCACACCGUACAAACGAGGUUUCUUCUGUGAUGACGAGUCACUAAAACAUCCAUACAAAGACUCCACCGUCACUAAUGUUAUGUUAUACAUCGUCGGACUCGGUGUGCCUUCGUUAACGAUGUGUCUCACAGAAUGGAUUCGACUCCGAGAUCACGUCAGCACGUAUUCCCGUAGGGUGCUCGGCCGAGAAAUUCCCCCAUGGGUGUGGGAAGCCUAUCAGGUUGUUGGCGUGUUCCUCUUCGGGUGUGCCUGCCAGCAGCUCACUACUGAUGUAGCAAAAUAUACUAUUGGAAGAUUGCGACCUCAUUUCUUUGACGUAAGUAAUUUUAAUAACUCGCAUCAGUAA